AUGACAAGCUCUGUAGAUUCUUUAGGAAGGUCAAUUAUUGGUUCUUCAGUUUUAGUUGACGAGGAAUAUUCACAAUCCCCAAGUGGGAAAAACGAUGAUGGAAGUGUCGAAAAAGAAUCGAAGACUCAGAGCAGCGAAAGUCAGAGUAAACCUGAUAGUGACGGUGAUUAUACUGAAGAAGACAUAGAUGCAUUUAUUACUGAACUUCAGUCGGAUGAUGAAGACAAUAGCAGGGCAUUUCAUGAAGAAGCGCAUAGUACCGAUUCAGUAAAGUCUGUUCCUGAGGGACUGCUACAGACAGACCCCCAAACGGGCCUCACAAAAGAAGAGGUUACAAAGCGACGAAAGAAAUAUGGGCUUAAUAAGAUGUCUGAAGAAAAAGUGAACAUUUACUACAAAUUCUUACUGUUCUUUGUUGGUCCUAUUCAAUUUGUUAUGGAGGCAGCAGCGCUGUUGGCUAUUGGAUUGAAAGAUUGGGUUGACUUUGGGGUUAUCUGUGCUUUACUACUCUUAAAUGCCGCAGUCGGAUUUAUUCAAGAAUAUCAGGCAGGAUCAAUAGUUGAAGAGUUGAAGAAAACAUUAGCGUUACAAGCAGUGGUUCUACGAGAAGGACUGCUGCAAGAAGUGGAUGCUGCUAAGAUCGUGCCAGGAGAAAUUCUUCAAAUUGAAGAAGGGACUAUAAUUUCCGCUGACGGAAGAUUAGUUACCACCGGUUGUUUCCUGCAAAUUGAUCAGUCAGCAAUAACUGGCGAGUCAUUGGCUGUGGAGAAACGCUGCGGAGAUACCGUGUAUGCGUCGUCUACAGUGAAGAGGGGCAGCACAUUCAUGAUAGUUACCGCUACGGGAGACCAGACAUAUGUUGGAAGAGCUGCCACCUUAGUUAAUAAAGCGUCGGCUGGAAGUGGGCAUUUCACUGAUGUCUUAAAUGGAAUCGGUUCAGCAUUGCUUGUUCUUGUCAUUGUCACACUUUUAGUAGUAUGGGUGGCCUGUUUCUACAGGUCAGAUCCAAUAGUCAAGAUUCUCCGAUACACAUUGGCAAUUACAAUUGUGGGAGUUCCAGUUGGUCUACCAGCAGUCGUCACAACGACCAUGGCAGUAGGAGCAGCAUAUUUGGCAAAAAAGAGAGCUAUAGUUCAAAAACUGUCAGCAAUUGAGUCGUUGGCUGGUGUCGAGAUUCUAUGCUCAGACAAGACCGGCACUUUGACAAAGAACAAGCUAUCUCUUGGUACUCCAUUCACAGUUGAUGGGGUUGAACCAGAAGAGCUUAUGUUGACAGCCUGUUUAGCAGCAUCGAGAAAGAAGAAAGGGCUUGACGCUAUCGACAAAGCAUUUUUCAAGUCAUUGAGAGAAUAUCCUAGAGCUAAAAGUGCCUUGACAAAGUACAAAGUAAUUAAAUUUCACCCUUUUGAUCCUGUAUCGAAAAAGGUUACAGCUGUUGUUGAGUCUCCUUCCGGUGAAUUGAUAACUUGUGUAAAAGGAGCUCCCUUGUUUGUGCUGAGAACGGUAGCCGAGGAUCACGAGAUAUCAACGUCCAUUGAUGAAGCAUACAAGAGCAGAGUGGAAGAGUUUGCUAGUAGAGGAUUCCGGUCACUUGGAGUUGCCCGCAAGAGGGGUAAUGGAUACUGGGAGAUCCUAGGCAUUGUACCUUGCUCAGACCCACCUCGACACGACACAUUUAAAACAGUUCAAGAAGCAAAACAAUUAGGACUAUCAAUAAAGAUGCUAACUGGGGAUGCAGUAGGAAUUGCCAAAGAGACAUCUCGACAACUCGGACUAGGCACCAACAUCUACAAUGCAGAGAGACUGGGCCUUGGAGGUGGAGGCGACAUGAAUGGAUCACAAGUCUAUGACUUUGUCGAAGGAGCAGAUGGGUUUGCAGAAGUGUUCCCUCAACACAAGUAUAACGUUGUAGAAAUCCUUCAACAACGAGGUCACUUGGUAGCCAUGACUGGAGACGGUGUUAAUGAUGCUCCAUCUUUGAAAAAGGCAGAUACUGGAAUUGCUGUGGAGGGGGCAUCAGACGCAGCACGGUCAGCAGCAGAUAUUGUCUUUCUAGCACCAGGACUAUCAGCUAUAAUAGAUGCACUGAAGACAUCUCGACAAAUAUUCCAUCGAAUGUAUUCUUACAUUGUAUACAGAAUUGCAUUAUCCUUGCAUUUGGAAAUAUUCUUUGGAUUGUGGAUUGCCAUCUUGGAUCAAUCACUUCAAAUCGAGCUGGUGGUGUUUAUUGCCAUUUUCGCAGACCUUGCUACACUGGCAAUUGCAUACGAUAAUGCCCCAUACUCUCAGAAACCAGUCAAGUGGAACCUACCUAAACUCUGGGGAAUGUCGAUCUUACUAGGCAUUGUGCUUGCAAUUGGCACAUGGAUCACAUUGACGACAAUGUUCUUACCGAAAGGUGGCAUCAUACAGAAUUUCGGAGAAGUAGAUCCAAUUCUAUUUCUCCAGAUAUCACUCUCCGAAAACUGGCUCAUAUUUGUGACACGGGCCAACGGGCCAUUUUGGUCGUCGCUGCCAUCAUGGGAGUUGGUUGCAGCAGUUUUCGUGGUUGACGUGUUGGCAACUCUAUUUUGUAUAUUCGGGUGGUUUGUAGGCGGACAAACUUCUAUUGUUACAGUAGUCAGAGUAUGGAUAUUCUCAUUUGGUAUAUUCUGUGUUUGCGGAGGAUUAUUCUAUCUGAUGCAGGACUCAGUUGCAUUUGACCGGUUGAUGCAUGGGAAGAAUCCAAAGAAGAAGGAAAAGCGAUCAUUUGAGGACUUUAUUGUCGCCAUGCAACGUGUUUCAACGCAGCACGAGAAGACAACGUGA